ACCGUUGGAUUCUCGACCCAUUUCUCUCAUCCAUACCCUAACUUCGAGAACAAAACCCUCAAAAACCUAGAACCGAGCCGCGUGCUCCCCGCCUCCUCGCUCAGCGAUUCGUAGAUCCAAGUGCUCCAAGGAGAGAGGGGGAGAGUGAGAGAUGGCGACGGAGGAAGCGAAGGCGGUGAUCCCGGAAUCGGUGCUGAAGAAGAGGAAGAGGGAGGAGGAAUGGGCGCUGGCGAAGAAGAAGGCGCUCGAGGCCAAGAAGAAGAAGGACCGUGAGAACCGGAAGCUCAUCUUUAGCAGAGCCCAGCAAUAUGCCAAAGAGUACGAGACCCAGGAGAAGGAGCUGAUCCGUUUGAAGAGAGACGCGAGGAUGAAGGGAGGAUUUUAUGUUUGCCCCGAAGCCAAGCUGCUCUUUAUCAUUCGAAUCCGAGGUAUCAACGCCAUGCACCCAAAAACCCGAAAGAUUUUGCAGCUCCUUCGUCUCAGACAGAUAUUUAAUGGAGUGUUCCUGAAAGUUAACAAGGCCACCAUCAACAUGUUGCGUAGGGUCGAGCCUUAUGUGACAUAUGGGUAUCCUAACUUGAAGAGUGUCAGGGAGUUGAUUUACAAGAGAGGAUAUGGGAAGUUGAACAAGCAGAGGACUCCUCUCUCGGACAAUUCAAUUAUUGAACAGGCCUUAGGGAAGUAUGGCAUUAUCUGCAUCGAAGACCUCAUUCAUGAGAUCAUGACUGUCGGGCCACACUUCAAGGAGGCAAACAACUUCCUGUGGCCAUUCAAGCUUAAGGCACCAUUGGGUGGCCUGAAGAAGAAGAGGAAACACUAUGUUGAGGGAGGGGAUGCUGGAAACCGUGAGAAUUACAUCAAUGAGCUCAUCAGAAGAAUGAACUAGAUAUUUGAGGUUGUUUUAAAUGUCUUUACUUAUGGGACGAAGAAAUCAUUGGAUCUUAGAUCCAGCUUUUAUUAGGAAUUGGACAACUAGGAACUGGAUAAACAUGAAAGCUUUGCAAUUUUGGUGUUUUGAAUCUAGUGUUGGACAUGCUUUAAUUACUGAUGCUUUCCUUAUUCUUGUUAUUCAUGAGAUAUUUUCCUGUGACAUCAGAAGUUAUGCUUGUUAUGAAUUUAGUUUGUUGGAGUUUGGAUGGUCA